AUGGACGGCGGGGUGGCCCUGCCCCAGGGGGGCGCGCGGGGCGCACAGGCGCGGCGGCAGCGCGAGUUCACGCCCGACGACCAGAAGGACUCGCAGUACUGGGAGAAGCGGCGCAAGAACAACGAGGCGGCCAAGCGCUCGCGGGAGAAGCGGCGGCUGCAGGACGCGGCGCUCGAGGGCCGCCUGGCCGCGCUGCUGCGGGAGAACGAGGCGCUGCGGGCCGAGCUGCGCGCCCUGCGCCCGCGCGCGGGGCUCGGGGCGCACGGCGGGGGCGCGCGCGCGCGGCCGCUGCAGGCGCGCCUCUGGGACCCGCCCUGGCCCGCGGAGCCCGGCGCGGGGGGCGCCGAGCCCCUGGCCCCGCUGCCCGCCGCCUCCCAGGGCUGCCUCUGGCGGGCGGCGGCGUGCCCGCUGGAGGCCGGCGUUCCGGGCUGCUGCAGCUGCCUGCUGGCACACAGAUGGGCAGGCCUGGCCUCCCCCCGCCACCGCCCCCCCUGCGCGCCCCGGAGGCUGGACGUGGCCCUCCCCGCGACUUUCUUCAGCUGCCAGGUCCUGGACGGGCCCGGGGGCCCGGGACCCCAAUUCAGGCCCUGCUGGGGGCUGUGGUCCCCCAUCCCCGCGGGCUGUCCCGCCCCCGGGGCCUCGGAGGUGUUGCUGAGCCCCGCGGUCGACCCCGUGGGGCUGCCCCUCCCCGGAGGGAAGGACCCCGAGGCCCUGGCUCAGCCGUCUCUCCCCCACAAACUGCGCCUCAAGCCCUGCGCCGCGGGCAGAGGGAGCCGAGGGUGGGAGGGGGCGCGGGGCCCCCUCUGA